CUCAAUCAAACACACAUAGCUUGUUUGAGUGUGUGAAGUGUGGGGUGCCUCCAUAAUUCAAGCGCGCCGAGAGUUGACAAAGUGGCCGAUUUUACCUCUUCGUCUUCUUUUCUUCUUCUAUUUCCGCUCCCACCACAGAAUGUAAAGUUUCUCUUUGCGCUAUAACUUCAGUGUAGAAAACUUUGGAAUAUAGCCAACGAAGUGGUAUGGAAAUAUGAUGUGCAUUUCCUUUUCCCCUAUCUAUUUUUCAGCCAUUCCUCUCCGAUUCAAAGUGUGAAUCAUUUCUUCGUAAUAUUUUCAGAGGUCUGGAUCCAAUUGUGUUUCAGCUUUCCUAAAAAUUUCUGCAAAUUUUUAAUUCAUUACCGAUGAUCGUGCAACAGUGUGAUGAAGCUUCGUGUUCAUACCAAUGCUGGUUUUCUGGUAGCACUUUCGAGAAUUAUUCUUCUGCAGUUGUGUUAUAGCAACCUCUGUCUACAAUGUCGAUAGGUGAUAGAUACAGGAAAGGUUAUUUGAUGAAUUGAAUGUUGAACCUUAAAGCAAGGAUCUCGAGUGUAACAAUCUGUUAAAAGUUAGACAUGAUGAGAAGAUACCAAGCACUAUCCUAUGAUUCGAUUGUUCUUCCAGAUGACCAAUUGUUGCUGGAUGAUUUGCUUUUUGGUGUUGUCUUGCUUUCCUAGAGGAUAUCAUGCCAGUGCUGGUGAUUCCGACCCAUCAUACAGAGCUUGUGUGGAACAAUGUGUAAAGAAUGGGUGUGUUGGGGAGAGAUGCUUCUCACAGUGCAAGCCCUCUUCAGAUGGUUCUUCCCUUGAUGGCCCUUUGUAUACGCAAGAGCCUCUUUACUUGAGAUGGAAACAGUGGGAUUGCCAGAGUGAUUGCCAUUACCAUUGUAUGUUUGACAGAGAAAAGGAAAGAGCAGAACUUGGUCUAGAGCCUCUCAAAUAUCACGGCAAAUGGCCCUUUCAACGUAUAUGUGGUAUCCAGGAGCCUGCUUCUGUGGCCUUUUCAGCUCUGAACCUUGCAAUGCAUUUCCAUGGUUGCCUUUCCUUUUUCACCCUUCUUUACUAUAAGUUGCCAUUGAAGCCAGAUAAGAGGCCAUUUUAUGAUUAUGCGGGCCUCUGGUAUAUCUAUGGACUUUUGGCUGUAAUAGCAUGGUUCUGUAGUGCAGUGUUCCACAGUCGAGAUGUGGACUUGACUGAAAAACUAGAUUAUACAUUUGCAGUGGCCUUACUUGGAUACUCACUGAUUUUGGCAAUAAUAAGAAGCUUCAGCUUGAGGGGUGGCCCUGCUAGAGUCAUGGUUGCUGCUCCGCUUAUUGCAUUUACAAUUACCCACAUUUUCUUCCUUAACCUUUACAGGAUGGACUAUGGAUGGAAUAUGAAAGUGUGUGUUAUUAUGGGCAUCGCUCAACUUCUCACAUGGUCAAUCUGGGCUGGUGUCACUCGUCAUCCUUCUCGAUGGAAGUUGUGGACUGUGGUUGUUGGAGGUGGUCUUGCAAUGCUUCUAGAGAUCUUUGACUUCCCUCCUUAUCAAGGACUCGUGGAUGCACAUGCUCUUUGGCAUGCUUCAACUGUCCCUCUCACAUACAUUUGGUGGAGCUUUAUCAAGGAUGAUGCUGAGUACAGAACAUCCAGCCUCUCGAGGAAGGGAACAAGCUCAUUUACAAAAGGAAGCAGAAGAGGUUUUCCUAUAUACUUAUUCUGACAGAUCCUGCAGCAAAACAGGACUAAAACAGAAGGGACGCGAGCUCUAAAAUAUCCUGGUAAAAAACUCAGAAGCUGCUUUUCAGCUAGCCACCACUCUAUUAGUUCCCCUGUAGCAAAACACUAGGUUGACAUUGUCGAACUUAGUCAAGGUCGGCUAGCACUCCUCCAACACUGUUUCAUUGCCCGGUGAGGCACUACCUGCCUGCUAUGAUGAUAAAACAGGUAGGUUGGGGUUAGAUUCAAUUAUGAGAUCUUAUACUAUGCAAGAACUGACCAAAGUAACCCUUCGGUAAUAGCCCCUAGUUCUUCAAAAUUA